AUGAGAGAAGUUCAGUCCUCUGAGAUCUUCGAUGAUACUGAUACUGUCUGGACAAGUCAGGGGUUGGAUAGCCCUCAGCCCCGCAUCCUUCUCAAACCCCCUAGAUCUGGGGUUGAAAGCAUGAUUGGCGGGGAGAUAUGCACCAACUUCAUUGAUCGUCGUCGAAAGGUCAAGAUCGAGAACCGGUAUAUACACCGUUGA